AUGGACAAAAAACAGCCUGUCGUCGCCUUCCUGGGCCCUAGGGCGUCGUACACGCACCAGGCCGCGCAGUCCGUCUUCCCGCCCGAGAGCCAUACACUCACCCCUCUCAUGUCAAUCGCAGACUGCUUCGCAGCCGUACAGAACGACAAGGCCUCCUACAGCGUUGUGCCGUUCGAGAACUCGUCAAAUGGAGCUGUCGUAUUCACCCUGGAUCUGCUGGCCGACAUCCAGGGGUUGUGUGGCGACGUGGUGGUGACGGGGGAGAUUUACCUACCGGUUCAUCAUUGUCUGGUGGGGCGUGUCUCCGGGGGGGAAGGGGGAGGGACGCAGGCACAGUCGGUGAGCGGCAGUCAUGACGCUACUGGCCUCUUGGAGAAGGAGCCCACUGAGUCUCAGCAACCUCACGUACGGCCCACGCACGACCUCUCACACAUCAAGAAGCUCUACUCCCACCCCCAAGCCUGGGGCCAAUGCAAGCGCUUCCUCUCCACCCACCUCAAAGGCAUCGAACAAAUCGACGCCUCCUCCACCAGCAGAGCCGCCGAGCUCGUCGCGGAAGACACCACCGGCACGACCGCAGCCAUCUCAAGCAAACUCGCGGCCGAGAUGAGCUCCCUCAGCGUCUUGGCAGACAGUAUUGAAGACUUUGAGGGCAAUAGCACGCGCUUCUUCAUCCUGCAACGGCGGGACGCUGUCUCUCCGCCACCAAGGCAACGAUCAACACCACAAACGUCCCAAUCCGACCCUCAAACCCAACCCCCACCCGAAGAAGCAUCGCCAGCACCAGCAUACAAAUCCCUCCUCUCCUUCACAGUCUCGCACACCAUCCCCGGAGCUCUCCAGCGCAGUUUGGGCGCUUUCAACAACCACGGCAUCAAUCUGACGAGUAUCAAUACCCGGCCGAGCGGAGAGGCGGCGUGGCAUUAUAUUUUCCUUGUGGAGUUUGAAGGGAGGAAGGGGGAGGGCAAGGUGGAUGAGGCGUUGAAGGAGCUGGAGGGGGCGGCGAGGGGGUGGCGGUGGUUGGGGAGUUGGGAGGCUUGGAGGGGUGGUCGGGAGGGGUGGGAUAGCGUAUUCGAACAGUAA